CUAAAGUUGGCUACUUUUGAGUGCGUGUUAGGAGUCUAAUUUUAUACAUUAGUAGUGAUUAUUAAUGUGUAAAAGAAGAUAAAAGCCCCAAGUUAAGAUAAGAGUGUGUCAUAUCUCUUAACACCAACUUGGUUUAUCCCUUCACUUUAUUUCUGCCCAUUUCAUUCCUCACCAUUUCUUUUUCUUAAACUUAUUCUUUUCUCUCAUUAAAAACACCAAAAAGAUCUCUUUCCCACACUCCAUAUUUCAUCCUUUCAGUUCUAUCAUCCAUUUCCUUCCGCAAAUCCGCCACAAAAUAGCUACUCGAUAAGACUCCGGGUCUCGGGUACAACAUCUGGUAUCAGAGCUCAGCUUCGACGACUUUCUUAAGUCUCGACGACUACCCAGAGGACCGGCGACGCAAACGCUGCACUAGCAAAGUUUCUCAAAAUUUUCCAGAAAUUUUCAGCUCCAAAGAUUUGAUCACGGAGGAAGGUACACAAUUGAUUUUAAGGUAAAACUUUCCAGUUUGGAAGUUUGCUCUUUUAUCUACGUCUGGCCGCUGAUUUCACUCAAUUCUGACUUACGGUUUGGGAGAUACGUCCAUUCGAAGUUAAAGACGCAAUUCUGCCAACAGUCUGGAUACCUUACUCAUUUGACCUCCAACGAAGCAUCAAAUGAUUUUCAAUGCUUUUAAAUUUUUGAUAUGUCUUUAAGGCGGACUUCAAUAUCUAACUCCGAGAGUUGGAAUUACAUCAUUCCAAUAUCUGGUCGUUGAGAUAUGGAUAUCCAAAGAUACUUCAAAAAUCUUGAGAUUAUUUAUGCAAAUGAGGCAAUCCUUCAAGGACCUAUUAAACGGUGCUACAUGUGUUGUGGCUAUGGCCAUCAUUAUUGGAGGUGCACAAAUAAAGAAGCCAUUCCUUAUGAAGAGCAUGUAAGGAUCAUAGCAGCAUAUGAGAAUCAACAGGAUGGAAAUUACGAAGAUGUCUUUGAUAACCAUGUCAAAGAUGAAGAUGACGUCUUCGUAAAAGGACCGGCUUCUAAUGCUCAGGAAGAAUCACACUAUAAUGAUUUUUCCCUUAUUCAAGAUGACUUGGUUGAUGAGGUAGUUAUAGAGGAAGCCACACCAGAAGUUAUAUAUUCUAAGGAAGUGAUUUCCAUAGAGUAUUAUCCUCCUUUUGGUAAAGAAAAAUCUUAUCUCAUCUCCGAGAUAUAUUUGAAGCAGGUUCUUACAAGGAAUGACAUCAUGUUCCGGAAAUUACACAACGAGGUGCCCACUAAUUCCGAAAGGAACCUCAUUAUUGGUGGUUCAUUGAAUUUCCCAUUUGAUCCGGGAAUUCUUUUAUGAAACCCCAAUCAGUCACGGUGGUGCGAAAGUUUGAGGACAAACUUUCUUCGAAGAAGGGGAGUAUGAUGUACCCCUGGAUGGCUCCACCAAAACCCCAACUCUCCCCACAUAUCCAAAAGUAUUCUUUCUUUUCUUUAAUUCAAAAUAUAGUCUUUCCCAUCAAUUUUUAGUCAAAAAUGAAAUCAAAGGAAGACAAGUCAAACCUUAGUUUCUUAUUAUCUUUUAAAACCUUUGUUUCUUUUCAAAUCCUUUUUUUUACCCAAAUAAUUCCUUCCCUUCUUUUCUUCUAAUACUGAUUCUGAACCUGUAAAUAAUCGAUUAUCAUUGUU